AUGACUAGCGAAAAGACCACCACCCUCUCCGAGUAUCUCUUCACUCGACUCCUCCAGCUCGGCGCCGAUUCCAUCUUUGGACUGCCGGGGGAUUUUAACCUCAAGCUGUUAGAUUACAUAGCUCCCUCGGGGUUGAAAUGGAUCGGGAACUGCAACGAGUUGAAUGCCGGGUAUGCCGCUGAUGGAUAUGCGCGGAUCAAGGGAAUCGGUGCUCUUGUCACCACAUUUGGUGUCGGGGAGCUUUCGGCUAUCAACGCCAUUGCGGGUGCAUAUGCAGAACGAGCUCCUGUUGUUCACAUAGUUGGCACGCCACCACGACAGUUUCAGGAAUCACGGGCUCUCGUCCAUCACACAUUCGCUGAUGGCGAAUUUGGCAGAUUUGACAAGAUGCAGGAACACAUCACAGUGGCGCAAGUCAUAAUCAAAGACUACCGUACGGCACCUGCAGAGAUCGAUUAUGUUUUACAGCAGUGUUUAGUUCACAGCAGGCCGGUCCGAAUUGCAAUUCCGCAUGACAUGGUUGGAGUUCGGGUGUCUGCAGCAGGGCUUGAUACCAAAAUCGUCAUUCCUCCCCCGGUCAGCCAGCCGCAGGUCGGAGAGGAGGCGUUGCGACUUGUCCUGGACCGUAUCUACAGCAGCAAGAAGCCCAUGAUUUUGGUCGAUGGCGAGAGCAGGGUGCUUGACAUUCUGGAUGAGAUUGAUCAAAUUGUCAGAAAGACAGAAUGGCCUACGUUUACUUCUGGAUUCGGAAAAAGUCUAGUUAGCGAAGCCCUGCCAAAUGUCCAUGGAGUGUAUACGCUAGAUCACAAGAAGUUCGUCGAUUCUUGUGACUUGGUGCUUUGCUUUGGCCCUCACUACAGCUCGACGAACAGCCACCAGAACCUUACGCUUCCAAAAAAGGAUGUCACGAUAGACUUCACAGGAACUGCGAUCAAGACCAACAAGGAAGCGUUCCAUGACCUCCCUUCGAAGCAAUUCCUACAGCAACUCAUUGCGCAGCUCGAUGCUUCGAAGUUCCCCAAACACACCCCCGAAAUCAUCCCUACCAGUACCCUUUCCCCGGUGACAAGAUCGGAUCCGGUCACACAGACAGGUGGCUUCUGGCAGAGACUAUCCCCGUUCCUCCGGGAAGGUGAUAUCAUUCUUGCGGAGACUGGUACGGCCGGUUACGGUGCGAACGAGUUCGUCCUCCCUCAGCACACGCGCCUUUUUAGGCCGGUUACCUGGUUAUCCAUCGGAUACAUGCUCCCCGCAGCCCUCGGCGCCAGCAUUGCACAGAAAGACCUCAUCGCCCGGUCCGAGUAUCACAAUCUCCCACGUGCUCGCACGGUUCUCCUCAUCGGAGAUGGCAGUUUCCAGCUAACAGCGCAGGAACUGAGCACCAUCAUCCACCACAAACUUGACGUGGUCGUCUUCCUUAUCAACAAUGAGGGAUACACGAUUGAGCGAUGCAUUCACGGAAGAAAUGCGGAGUAUAACGACAUCACUCAAUGGCGGUACCUCAAGGCGCCAGAAUUUUUCGGUGCACCGGAAGAAGGCGAGUACGCCGCGCAUACAACUGAGAUUCGAACCUGGGGUGAUUUGGAGAAAUUACUUGCUGAUGAGAGGAUGUGGAAUGCGAAGGGGAUCCGGAUGGUAGAGGUUUUCCUGCCGAGACUUGAUGCGCCUAAGCUUCUGAUGGGUUUAUUGCAUAGCCAGGAGCAAGCGGAGAAGAAACAGCAACAGAAGGCAAAGUGA